AUGGCCGGAGACGAACAACCACCGCCAAAAGACGCGUCGACGGCAAAAGACCGUCUCGCGCAGGUCAGCUCUCACAUCGCGCCAAACCCGCCAAAACGUCGAAGGAAGAAGAAUGCAGAUUCAGAUCUGCCCGCCGACUACUCAGAUAUUCUUGGCCAGAUUGCGACGCUCCGUAAGAUUGCUUCAACCCCAGACACAAAGAACAGGGGCUAUGUACGACAGAAAGCGGCCGGCAAGCUCUGGGUCCGUGAACGCGUUGAACAAUUGCUGGAUGUUGGGAGCUUCCAAGAGGUUGGUAGUGUGAGCGGUACUGUAACUUGGAAAAAAGUUGGGCCGACGAAGGAAGAGCCUGUGGAUUUUGUGCCGUCGAACAAUGUGCAGGGUUUCGGACGACUACGAGGCCGAAAGAUUGUGUUUACUGCUGAUGACUUCUCGAUACGUGCUGGUCAUGCUGAUGGGUCGUUGAUGGAGAAGACGCUAUACAUGGAGCAGCUCGCACUUGCGUUGAAAAUACCCAUAAUCAAACUUGUCGAUGGCUCCUCUGGCGGAGGUUCAGUAACGACAAUUCGCUCAACAGGCUUCUCUUACAUCCCUCCCCUGCCAUCCUUCACGCAGGUCGUGCAGCAACUCAACAUGGGCAUUCCCAACUUAGGAGCCGUCCUUGGCCCAGCCAUAGGACUUGGUGCCGCACGCGUUGUUGCAUGCCAUUUUUCUGUCAUGGCAGCCGACAUUGGCUCCCUCUUCAAUAGCGGUCCAAAUAUCGUCAAGAACGCUACAUUUGAAGAAGGAUUGUCUUUGAACGAUCUUGGCGGGCCGGCUAUGCACUGCACGAACGGAACCAUCGAUAACCUCGCCCCCGAUGAAGCAGGCUGUUUCGAGCAGGUUCGGACUGUGUUGAGUUACCUGCCCGAUUGUGGCACGAAGCUUCCACCCACCGUGGAACCGUCCGAUCCAAUUGAUCUUGGCCUGGCUCGCUUUGGCGGUAAGCCAGUCGGCAUCGUGUCACUGAAUUGCGAAGUCAACGCCGGAGCUCUUGACGCGCUUGGAUCGCAAAAGAUCACACGCAUGCUGAAGUUUCUGGAUGUCUUUAACCUCCCUCUAGUCCAGUUCAUAGCCUGGCCUUCCGGGGUCUGGGGCUCGCUCCCACUAGAAGGUGGCAUCGAAGUCGGACAUUCAUUCGAACUCAAAGAGAUCGAGCGCAAAGAGGGCAAGGCAAAGCGAGACGAGCGGUAUGCUGAAUUAGCGAACGACUACGCACGACUGAUGAAUCCGGUACGUACGGCGAAUCAUUUUGGUAUUGAGGAGAUAAUUGACCCGCGGAACACACGGCCGGUUGUUUGUGAGUGGGUUGGUCACGUGUAUGAGAACUUGCUGCCGCAGAGGGUCAUGGAGCGAGUUAGUGGAAAGCUUCAGCCCAUGUUUGCGUAG